GAGUGCAGAGAGCCAGAAAGGCAGGAACACCAUCAAGAAGCAGGGAAAGUAUAUACAAGAGGGGUCAACAUCUAGGAAGAUUAAGCAUGUAUCUCAUCCCAGAUUUCUCCAAGGAAACAUGGAUCCUGCUCAUCAUCCUGCUGGCACUUCUCGCUUAUUAUGGAAUCUGGCCAUACAGACUUUUUAAAAAAUAUGGAAUACCUGGCCCUAAGCCCCUACCAUUCUUUGGUACUUUUCUUGAAAACAGAAAUGGAGUUUUUGAAUUUGACAUGGAAUGUUUCAAAAAGUUUGGAAAAAUAUGGGGGUUCUAUGAUGGGAGACAGCCGGUACUUGCCAUUAUGGACCCAGCUAUCAUUAAAGCCAUUCUAGUUAAGGAAUGCUAUACUAUUUUUACAAACAGAAGAAAUUUUGGCCUUAAUGGCCCUCUAAAGUCUGCCGUGUCAAUUGCUGCAGAUGACCAGUGGAAGAGGAUAAGAACAGUGUUGUCACCAACAUUCACCAGUGGUAAACUUAAGCAGAUGUUCCCGAUAGUUAAACAGUAUGGAGACCUUUUAGUGAAGAAUAUUCAGAAGAAAGUAGAUAACAAAGAAUUCAUAGAUAUGAAGAACAUCUUUGGAAGCUACAGCAUGGACAUUGUUCUGAGUACAUCCUUCAGUGUGAAUGUCGAUUCACUGAACAAUCCCAAUGAUCCAUUUGUGACCAACGGAAGAAACCUUUUCACCUUCUCCUUUUUAAACCCUCUGUUCUUAACAACACUGCUGUGUCCAUUCCUGAUUCCUAUUUUGGACAAAUUCAACUUUACCUUCCUUCCAAUAAGUGUCCUCAACUUUUUUCAAGAUGCCAUAAAGAGCAUUAAAAAAAACAGGCAGAAAGGAAUCCACAAAGAUCGAGUAGAUUUCCUACAACUUAUGGUAGAUGCUCAGGCUAAUGACAGCAAUGGAGAAGCGAAUCAUGGCUAUAAAGAACUGACGGACACUGAAAUCAUGGCUCAGGGGCUUAUCUUCAUUAUAGCUGGUUAUGAGACCACCAGUACUACACUUAUGUUUCUGGCUUACCAUUUGGCAACUCACCCUGAUGUCCAAACCAAACUCCAAGAGGAGAUUGACACCUUACUCCCCAAUAAGGCUCCUCCUACAUACGAAGCUCUGAUGCAGAUGGAAUACCUUGAUAUGGUGCUUUACGAAAACCUGCGGCUCUACCCUGCAGCCGGCAGAAUUGAACGUGUAUGUAAGGCAACAACUGAGAUCAAUGGAGUAACUAUCCCCAAGGGCGUUGUGACUGUGAUCCCAGCCUUCGUGCUGCACCGUGACCCAGAGCUCUGGCCUGAACCAGAAGAAUUCAGACCUGAAAGAUUUAGUAAAGAGAACAGAGAAACACAAGACCCUUACACCUUCCUACCCUUUGGAGCUGGACCAAGGAACUGCAUAGGAAUGAGAUUUGCAUUGCUCAAUAUGAAAUCAGCGAUCACCCUGCUACUGCAGAACUUUUCUUUUCGAACGUGCAAAGACACUCCAAUCCCAGUGGAAAUUGACACCCGAGGAUUCCUAAAGACAACAAAACCUGUGAUACUGAACCUUGUGCCUAGAGAAGCUCAGAAGACUGAAAAAUAGAUCCUUGAGACCACUGUGGAUGGUCACCAUGAUAUCUGUCGUAAAUGGAGUAUGAAUGACAUCAGUACAUACACUGAAAGUCUGUAUGCCGAAACCUUAGAAACAUUCAUGUAAAUGCUUCAAAUGCCAAAGAAUAACUGAUGUUUACAUGUAAAAAUUAUGUAGGUCUGCAUGUAGUCUUCUUCAGUGUUGAGUUCUUUGCUGACAGAUAUCUGAACCAUAUCUGCAGUGUCUGGGGUAUACACCGGCUCUGUAUGGCACCAAAGGAAACUGCACAGAAAAUGUGUUUUAUUACCAUUGUCCAGAAGAUUAAGAUGUCUAACUGCAGAAUGUAUGUUUAGUCUGUGGAUAGCUUCUUGCAGCCACCGACCUCUAGUACUUAUCCAGCUACAUACUACUAACUGCCCUCAGAUGACAAUACAUUUACAGUGUCAAUAUACUCUGUGGAGACUGGGCAUAGGCAGGAAACACGUUUUCUUGUGCCGUACAAUGCAACAAAAAGAAACCAAUAAAGACAACAUCAAGCUGC